GCGCAGGACUCUGUUUUCAGCGCAUGUUGUUAAAAACAAUUGUCAUAAUAAAGUCACAGAGUAUGCAGUUUUAUAUUAUUUGGUUGCGAAACUGAGACAAAAAUAUUCGCAAAAAAGAUUAGUGUGUCAAAACAAUGAAGUGCUAUUAUGAAGAACUUGGUGUGGAACGAGAUGCAGAUGAAAGUGCAAUUAAAACUGCCUACCGAAAAUUGGCACUAAAAUGGCAUCCGGAUAAAAAUCCAGAUUGUAUGGACGAGGCAAAAGAGCGCUUUCAACUUAUUCAGCAAGCAUAUGAAGUUCUCUCCGAUAUUCAAGAAAGAGCAUGGUACGACAAUCAUCGUGAGCAAAUAUUAAGAGGAAAAAAUUCUGAUUAUGAAGACAACUGUUUGGAUGUGUUCCAAUAUUUCACGGUUUCAUGCUUCAAGGGCUACGGCGAUGACGCCAAGGGAUUUUAUUCCGUUUACAGAGAAGUAUUUGAAAAAAUAGCUGCAGAGGACGCUGAAUUUAUGGACGAUGAUGAAGAACUGGAAAAUAUACCAUCAUUUGGCAAUUCAACAAGUAGUUAUGAGGAAGUAGUUGGGCCUUUCUAUGCCUAUUGGAGUGCAUAUUGUACUAAACGGACUUAUACGUGGCUGUGCCCCUAUGAUAUAAAAGAGAUAAAAGAUCGAAGAAUAUUAAGGGAAAUUGAAAAGGAUAUGAAAAAGGUGGUUCAUAAGGCCAAAAAAGAAAGAAACGAAGAGGUUCGUAAUUUAGUGUCGUUUAUCCGAAAGCGUGACAAACGUGUGCAGGCAUAUAAAAAAUUACUAGAAGAAAGGGCAGCUUUCAACAGACAAAAGCAAGAACAAAAUCGAUUGGAGCAAAUCAGACGCCGACAACAGGAGUUAGAGGAAAUGAGACAGAAUAGCCAAAUAGCAAAUGAAAGCAAGGAUGAUUAUGAAGAACAAUUAAAGCAUUUAGAAAUGCAAUAUAGCAGCGAUGAUGAUUAUUAUGAAGAUGAAGCCGAGGACGAAAAUGAAGAAAUGAGCGAAGAAGACCUAGUUGAACAGGAUGAUAUUAAAGAUAUUGAAUAUAUUGAUGAUUUGUAUUGCGUGGCUUGCAAUAAAGAAUUCAAAACAGAAAAGGCAUUUGCAAACCAUGAAACAAGUAAAAAACAUCGGGAUAACAUCGAAAAACUAAAGAUUGAAAUGCAAUAUGAAGAACAUUCAUUCAAACCAGAUGAAAAUUGCCAAGAAAUUAUUGGAAGUGCAGAUGAAAUAUCAAAGGAGGAAAACGAAAAUGAUAUAGGGGUAGAAACAGGCGCAAAAAAUAAAACAAUCAAAUCAAAAGUUAAAAGGGAUGCUAAAAAAUCAAAGCGGACAAAUUUAUUAAUAUCAGUUGAAGACAUCCAUUAUGAGGAAAAUAUAGAGGAAGUUGUAGAAAAACUAAAUAUUUCUUCCAGUUAUGAGAAAGAAGAUGACGAUUGGAGUACAACAAACAAAAAAUCAUCAAAGAAAUCGAAGAAUAAAAAUAAAACAAAUCAGAAAAAAUCGAAUUUAUCGGAAACGCAAUCCGUGAAACACAGCAAUGAUUAUGAAAGUUUAUCUAAAAUGGCAUCGAAUUCUAAUAAUGGAUUAGAAUCAGAAACAAACAAACAUGAAUGCGUCACGUGUAAAUCUAAAUUCGACUCUAAAAACAAACUAUUCUCCCACCUAAAGUUAACAAACCAUGGUGUCUAUAUACCCAAAACAAAAAUAACAAAUGAUGAGAACGUAAAAGCUAGAAAGGGAAAAGGUAAAAAGAAUUAGUUAUUUUUACUAACUAAUUCCUAACAAUUUAUCAAAGUUUUAUAGAACAAAUUUCGUAUGAAAGCUUGUCUUUUAAACUUUUUAUUAAUUGUUAUCAAUAAGGCCCUUAAUCCGUAUAACUUUCUAUAAAUGUAAUCUAAAUUAUAAAGCUAUAGAUAAAAAAUUAAAAUAAUGUACAGAAAUAAUAAUAAUAAAAACAUAAAUAAUGUUGUAAUUAUUACAAUAACUACCAUUAUGCCUAGUUGGAAUUAAAAUGAAAGUGCUCAAAAAUUGGUCUUACACCUUCUAUUAUCGAAUAUUUCCAUAAAUGUUUCACGGAUCAUAUCAAAACAUUGCAUGAUUUAACAAAUUAUUACUUCAUUUAAAUAAAAAUGGGUGAUAUUUGAAUAGUGGGCGUGAUUAUUAUUACAAAUUAUAUUGUCGACUGCUAAUAACUAUGAAUAUAUUAAAGGUAAAACCAAAUUGAAACCCUAAACUUCAUCGGUGGAAUAUGAUUUUGAAGCUUGGAAUUUCGUAUUUAAUGACGCCAGAAAAUUCAUUUCAGUCAUUGUGAAGCUCUAGAAACUAUUUUUUAGUGAAAAAUAAAAAGAAUAAACAAUUUUUACACACA